CGGAGAGAUACAGGAAGAUACUACAAUCUGUGGGACUUUACCAUCCAAGUGACGUCCUGUGAUCAAUCCCGACUCCGAUAUUUAUAAAGGAAAGACGCAUUUCCAGCGGAAUUGCAGGAUUAAUCCCGACGCGACUGUUGGCCGCUCGGUCUUCUCUGUUGACAAGGUGGAGAAAUGUGCACACACAGACGACAAGGAGUGUGGAAUUGAACCCGGGAUAGAAAAGAUGCCGAAGAUGAAACAAUAAAGUAGAUCUACCUUUGGGGCCUGUGCGGACCUUCUGCGGCGAUAGUUGGCUGUGCACAUUCAUCCGGCCACAAUGACAAUGAAAGGCCUCUCCACCAGCCGCAGUCACCACACAGUGACCUGCGACCCCUCUUAUGACUCUAUGACCCUGGGACACUCUGACCGUCGGUCCUACUUUCACAACACAGGAGAUGCUCAUGCUUCGGACCACCCCUGCUACACCCAGAGGAACUUCUAUCAGUCUGAGUGCAACGCCUAUCCGGAUCUGGCUAGCUGCACCUUCCCUCGCAGGCACUACAGCUCCCACCACGAGCUGAAGGAGGAGUGCGGCGCUCUGGUGCCUUACACGGGGCCGACGGGGAGCAGCAAGGGAAGCGGAGGCAACAACAGCCGCAUCUCCUCUAACUUGCUGGAGCAGUUUGACAGCCAGGCGCCGCUGCAGCGUGAAGGUUAUCACACACUCCAGUACAAGCGCACCGCCGUGGAGCACCAGCGCAGCGACAGCCCCGGUCGAAUUCGCCACCUUGUUCACUCCGUCCAGAAGCUUUUCACUAAAUCGCACUCUCUCGAGGGGCCCUCGGGGUCUGGCGGAGGGGGGAGCGGAAGGAUGAAUGGCAGCAAAUCCAGUCCGGACGAUCCCCCCUCGUGCUCCGGCACCCUGAAGCACAGCAAGCGCAGCAAGAGCAAAGACCGCUCCAAGUCAGAGCCCAAAAUGCGCUCCGCCAUAUCAGGCUACUGGAGCUCAGACGACACUCUUGACAGGGAGGUGUGUCUUUACCAUCACCAACAGGGGAACAGUGGAACGAUGCCCUCCGGGGUCAUGACUAUGGGGCGCCACCCAGAUAAAUCGCAGUCGCAAUAUUUCAUGGAGUCAUACAACACCAUCAGCGCCCAGUCUCUGAAAACAUCACGCAGCAACAAUGAUGUGAAGUGCUCAACGUGCUCCGGUGGCAGCAGCGGAGGGCUGCCGCUGAUGAGUACUCUCGAUGGCCAGCUUCAGCUCAAGAAGAGCUCAUGGUCGUCCACUCUGACUGUGAGCAGAGCGAGAGAGGUGUACCAGAAGGCCUCAGUUAAUCUCGACAAAGCCCUUGUGAAAGCUGAGCAGGGACGCACUUGCCAUUUCCUUCAGGUACCUCAGGACGACUGGAGUGGUUUUUCGCCGCUGGGGAAAGAUGAUGAGAUUCCAUGCCGGCGAAUGCGCAGUGGCAGCUACAUCAAGGCCAUGGCGGAGGAAGAUAGUGGCGACUCUGACUGCAGUCCAAAACCCUCGCCCAAGGUUCAGGCACGACGGGCCAGCUACCUGAAAGCCACGCAGCCGUCUCUCACCGAGAUGACCACACUCAAGAUUUCCACAGAGCACUCACCCAAGCUGCAGAUCCGGAGUCACAGCUAUCUGCGGGCGGUGAGUGAGGUUUCCAUCAAUAGGAGCCUGGACAGCUUGGACCCGGCGGGGCUGCUGGCCUCGCCAAAAUUCCGCUCCCGAAACGAGAGCUACAUGAGAGCGAUGAGCACCAUCAGCCAGGUGAGUGAAGUGGAGGUGAACGGGCAGAUUGAGGCGGUGUGCGAGUCGGUGUUCAGUGAGAUGGAGUCGCAGGCGGUGGAUGCCUUGGAUCUGCCCGUGCCCAGUUGUUUCCGCAUGCGGAGCCACAGCUACGUUCGUGCCAUAGAGAAGGGCUGCUCGCAGGAAGACGACGAGGGACACGUUACCGCGAGCAACAGGAGAAGCAACUCUCCCCCGCGCACCAACACAACUGUCAGAACCAUCCAGAGCAGCACAGUGUCGUCAUGCAUCACCACCUACAAGAAAACACCUCCCCCUGUCCCUCCACGAACAACCCCGUCCAAACCCUUCAUCUCCAUCACGGCCCAGAGCAGCACGGAGUCGGCCCAGGAUGCGUACAUGGACGGCGGCCCCGGCCAGCGAGCGGGCAUCAGCUCCCAGCCGGGGCUGUCCAACUCCACGGAGAGCAUCGACAGCAUGAAGGCCCUGACGGCGGCCAUAGAGGCGGCUAACGCUCAGGUGCACGGCCCCGCCAGCCAACACGUCACCAAUAGCACCAUCACCAUCACCGCCACGGCCACCGCGUCCACCGUCGCCGUCACCGAAGACAGCAAGGCCCAGAGAGAAGCGCUUCGCAAGUGCCUCUCCAUAGGGAUUCAGGUCGACCCGGAGGAAGAAGGUUCGACAGAGGAGCAGUCGAAAUUCCAGUCGAUUGGAAUUCAGGUGGAGGAUGAGCGAUGCUACCGUAGGAUGACCCGCUCCAACAGCGUCACCACGGCUGUGCAGGCAGACCUCGAUGACCCGUCCGACGUCCCGGCGCUGCCGCCGCGUCACUGCGCCACCAUGCCGCGCCAGCACUCCCGCGACGCUGCCACCUCCACCGUGAGCAUCCAGGGCUCCGGUAACCACUACCACGCCUGCGCCGGAGACGACUACGGAGACGUGGGGUUCGACCCGUCCAUCCUGCCUCCUCCGGACCCCUGGAUGGACAGCGCGCCGGAGCCCGAGGUGGCGGCUUUGGAGGUUAUCGGCCGAUCGGUGUGCCCCCGUGACGGCCGCUGGUUCCUGAAGCUGCUGCAGGCCGAGACGGAGCGCAUGGAGGGCUGGUGCAGACGGAUGGAGCAGGAUGAGAUGGAGAAUGAGCUGCACGAAGAGAUCCUGGGGAAGAUCCGCAGUGCAGUGGGGAGUGCCCAGCUGCUGAUGUCCCAGAAGUUCCAGCAGUUCCGGGCGCUGUGUGAGGAGAAUCUGAACCCCAACGCCCACCCGCGGCCCGUCUCCCAGGACCUGGCAGGUUUCUGGGACAUGCUCCAGCUGUCCAUUGAGAACAUUAGCCUGAAGUUUGAUGAACUCCACCAACUCAAAGCCAACAACUGGAAACCUCUGACUCCCCCGGAAAUUCAGGAGAGAAGGAUGCCCCCUCCUGUGCCAAAGAAGCCCCAGAAGGGCCAUGCCCCCCUGGCUAGGGACCGCUCACUGGAGAGCUCUGAGCGCCAGCGUCUGGAGGCUCGCAAGCGCCUGCUGGCCGCCAAACGUGCCGCGUCGGUGCGCCAGAGCUCUGCAACCGAGAGCGCAGACAGUAUCGAGAUCUAUAUUCCUGAGGCUCAGACAAGACUAUGAAACACUCAGACACACACACACACACACACACACCUUCACGUGGUAAAUAUUGUACGCUGUCCCAUAAACACAGUAGCACUGAAAGUAAAAGGCUAGGGUGCUAACGUAACAUCAUCACAUUGGUUUUUGGGUUGUUUAUUUUUUAUUUUUUUGUAGACCUUCCAGAUCACUGUGUAGGGUCGCUCACUGUGGGAGCUAUUUUGAAAAAGAAAUGUAAAUUUGCAGUAUUUAUUUAUUUAUUUAUUUAAUUAAAUGUCUCCCCUCAACCCCAUAUCCUUCAACCAGCUUUGAUGUAGCAGUCCCCCCUUUCCCUCGUUCCUACACCAGUUCCCGUAUCCAGAACAAGUAUCUCAAGAUGCCCCCUUGUUUUUUUUUAUUUUUAAAGUGACCUGAUCUUACAAUUUAAGCCUGGUGUAGUGCAGCAGAAGCUCCACAAAAGAACUGGCAUCACAGUCUAAAAGUGCUCCAAUCUCACAGGUUGAUAUAUCUAAUAACCGGAUAUUACAGGUUAGAUGUUAGUGUCAGCUGGCGGCGCAGUUAGCCCGCCCGUCCAAAAACGGCUGUUUCCAGUGUCACGAGGUCGGGAAGUUUGAUGUUUCUCCUCCACAUGAGGCAGAAAGCAGUGAGCCAGCAGUCGAUUGUGGGUCUCUGUAAAGACCGGAUCACAGAUCAACAAUGCCACAAACCUAAUCUGUGUGGGUUUUCUUUUGUUUGGUUGUUGUUUUUUUUUUGUGUGUGUGUGCGUGUGUGACAGAGUGUGUGUUCUGCAUGUGUGCGCUUUGAUUCACAUUUCAAAAGUGCUUCCUAUUUUUCUAGGUCCAGAGGGUCCUAGCGUUAACGUACCAGUACGGUAGCAGAUCAUCAAACUGUAAACCAAUCUUAACCUGUCUCAGUUUAAAACCAUAAACCAUGUUUGUAUAAAGGACCUUACACUACUUUAAUGACACGACUUGCAUGCAGACACAUAUUUUUUGUCUUUUCUAACACAUUUAUUCCAGUCAAACUCCUCUGUGUAACAGACUAAGCUGAAAUACUGAUAUUUGGUAAAAUACUGCUAGUGGAACUAUAUUUUAUUAUGUAAUUUUUAGCCAUGAAAGGUUUCUUGGCAGUAUUGAGACUACAAGACUGAAAAGGGACUAUUUCUCCUCACUGUGUGUGCACUAUCUCUGCCUCCAAAUGAAGCAAUUACUGAAGGUCAUACAGAAAAAAAAUAAGAUUUCUAAUAUUUUGUAUCCAUGUUUAAUUUAUUGAUUAGAGGAAUAAUGACUGUUUAUUGACAUUGUGAUUAUUAUUAUUAGUAUAAGUAGUAUUAUGCACUGAGAAUAAGGCCCUUAUACCGGGUUUGUGUUUUAUUUAUUGGUUUCUCAGCAUGACAGGCACCUUUUUUGUCUUUUCCGUUUCGGUGAUCAGCCUUAAUUUCUAAUACGAUAGUUGAGCACAACAGCGGUCUCAGGGGAAGAAGCAUGUCGAGUGAAUGAGUGUGCGUUUGUGGUGAAGAGAGUGUGUGUGUGUCUGACUAACUGUGGAUGUAUGUGACCCAUGGUUUUGUCUCUUAUUGUAUAUAAUCCCUGCCGUCAGGAUACACCAGGCUUCUAACUAAAGGAAAAAAAUGUCCAUAUGCCAUCUCCUCAACCUUCUUCAGUGUAACAAGGUAUUUCUGUCAGCUGCUUGAAUGUGGAGACAAUCGUGAUCUGGUUUACAGUCACAUCGUUGUUUUGGAUCACACGGUAGCAGGACUCGGUGUGUCGUUUAAUUCUCUACAUUGAUCUGGCAACGUUUUUGUGCCAUCCGAUUGACGACGAUACGAUCCAUCCUGCUGUUCGUCAUAACUGAACAGGGACAUGUCUGUUAUGAACGUCAUGAUGUAACCGUAGAGUAGGAUUUUAUUUUCUUUAGCUGAUUUUAGAGAAGGUUCAUAAAUAAAUGCCACUUUAAUGUAGAUGAAGCUCAGUUUAGUGUUUUUACUUUGGAACUUGUAUUUGCAUUCAAUUAUCCGUCAAGCAAUUGAUUCUUUAUGUUUAUUAUAUUAACAUAUCAAUAUAACACUCCUGGUAUAGCAGGAAAUUAGUAAAACAUAAUGUUGGAUUGCGGCUGCUCCAGCAAUCCUGGCAGUUCUGAAGCUUGUGAUGUAGUUAUAUUAAGAGAAAAACAUUCAAAUAAAUCUUUGUACAUAAAUGAAUGUUUCCCUAUGUAAAUGUAAACUAAAAAAAAAACACAAAUGACAUAUUAAACAGAUAUACAUUUUGUAGUUAUUGUUAUUACACUGUUGAUGUUAUGGCACGUGUAUGAGCUCUUAUCAACAUUAAAACCAAGAAAAGUCAUUGCCAUAAUAUUGUUGUGUUUCUUUCUUUUCCG